CUCGCCUCCGCUAGAACCCUGUGACAAUCGCCUUGUUGCCACUGGGAGCGCGUGGCUGGAAUCCUGUGACAGUCGCCCUUAUUGCUGCUGGGAGCGCGUGGCUAGAACCCUGUGACAGUUGCCCUUGUUACUACUGGGACCGCGUGGCUAGAACCCUGUGACAGUCGCGCGCCCCUGCCGAGGAGCACCUGAGACAGUACUAGAGCGACUCGAAUCGUGUCCGGCAGAUUGGGGCGAGAAGGCAGGGCGGGGGCAUUUAUCCCUGUUUCACUUCCAGCAACCAGGUAAAUCUGACGCCUGCUCCUGCCGAGCAAGUGCCGUGGUGGAAGCGACCGAGAUUCGUGUCGAAUGCUUUGAAGAGUCAAGGAUCUUAAUCCAACUCUGUCCAUCUCCAAUUCUGAUUACCACUUUCACUGGAACUGUUUGAUUUUGAGAUGCUGCCAGACCUACUGCAUUUCUCCAGCACUCUAUUUGUGUUUCACUAAAACCCUGGUUUUGACAGGAUCAAGAAUGGUAGAUACACAACUGCCUCUAUGGCCCAUCAACUUUGCGAUGGGUACAAUGGACCUUUCAGAAUUUGCCAAUCACACUCAUUCUUUCGAUGCGAAGCCAUUUGCUACAGUCGACUUUUCCACUGUUUCUGCAGUUAAUUAUGAAGAUCAUGCUUCAACCUCUUUAAGAAUUGAUGAGAAUUCUUCAGACUGUAAAUAUGAUGAACAAUUUCUGGACUGCCAAAGUGCUAUUAAAGUUGAACCAUCUUCAUUAAAUGACAGUUCAGGAAAAGAGCUUUCAUUUGAAAGACUACAAGAAAAUACAUCCAAUUCAGCCUUGUCUAUUGAAUGUAGAGUAUGUGGAGACAAGGCCUCAGGCUUCCAUUAUGGGGUCCAUGCAUGUGAAGGAUGUAAGGGUUUUUUCCGGAGAACAAUCAGGCUGAAGUUGAUGUAUGAUAAAUGUGACCUAAACUGUAGGAUACAGAAGAAGAACAGGAAUAAAUGUCAGUACUGCCGGUUUCAGAAAUGUCUCAUUGUCGGCAUGUCACAUAAUGCAAUUAGAUUUGGUAGAAUGCCACAAGCUGAAAAAGAGAAACUUCUAGCUGAAAUAUCCAGCGAUGCAGGACAAUUGAACCCGGAGUCUGCUGAUCUCCGUGCUCUCGCCAAGCACAUGUUUGAGUCAUACAAUAAGGCUUUUCCUAUUACCAAAGCUAAAUCUCGAGCAAUCAUGGCAGGAAAAACGGGAGACAAAUCGCCAUUUGUCAUUUAUGACAUGAAUUCCUUAAAGGCAGGUGAAGAGCGCAUCAAAUUCAAACAAACACCAUUGCAAGAGCAGAACACAGAGGUAGAAAUCCGAAUUUUCCAACGUUGUCAAUUCCGUUCAGUGGAGGCUGUAAGGGAAAUCACUGAAUUUGCAAAAUCUAUCCCAGGGUUCAUAAAUCUUGACCUAAAUGACCAAGUGACUCUUCUUAAAUAUGGUGUCCAUGAGGUCAUAUUCAGUAUGUUGGCUUCCCUGAUGAAUAAGGAUGGACUUCUGAUUGCCGCUGGCCAGGGUUUCAUGACUCGUGAGUUUUUAAAGAGCCUGAGGAAACCCUUUUGUGAUAUCAUGGAGCCCAAAUUUGAAUUUGCCAUGAAGUUCAAUGGUUUGGGGCUGAACGACUGUGAUAUUGCAAUAUUUAUUGCUGUCGUCAUACUCAGUGGAGAUCGUCCUGGAUUGAUAAAUGUUAAACCAAUUGAGGAACUGCAAGAUAGCAUCCUUCAAGCGCUUGCCCUUCAGCUUAAGAUAAGCCAUCCAGAUUCACCACAAUUGUUUGCAAAGCUACUUCAAAAAAUGACUGAUUUAAGACAGAUCGUCACUGAGCACGUCCAACUUCUGCACACCAUCAGGAAAACAGAGGCAGAAACGAGUCUUCAUCCACUCCUGCAAGAAAUAUACAAGGACUUGUAUUAGAAAGUGUUACCUUGAACCACAUUCAAAGAAAGGUUCCUUUCUCAAAUUGCACUGUUUCAUUGUCCAGUGUAACAACGAACACUUAGGAAUGGUGGCUUUACUGGGUACUCAAGCAAUAGUUUGCAGAUUUGCACACAACUCCAUUGUACACAAGAAAAACAGGCAUAAAUGUUGAAGGUUUUCUUGCGGUUGAUAUUCUCUAUUGGGGAUGUGACUGAAUAAUGCGUAGAAUUGUUUAAGUGCCUUGAAAAUUGUUUAGUCUAUGAAUGAUUUUGAGAAAUGUCUAUCAAGCAGUUGAGAAUAAAGACUAAAAGUCUCGUGUUCACAGUUUAAAUUGUCACUUUUCUGACAAACUUAACUUGGUAAUCUUUCAGGAUCAUAUGUACUGGCCAUUAUUAUCAUAAUAAUUGAAACUUCACUGACAUUGUUUAUGUGAGUGCUGGUGGCAGUUAUCAUGCAAACAGUUCAGCUGGCAAAUUACCUAUGUUAAAUUUCUGUCUGUUUUAGGAAAAGUCUUCUCAGCCUAUUUAGUGUUGUUCAAAAUGGGCAUCCAGAUUUCACUUUUUGUUAUUCAGUACCAUGUGUUCUGUAUUUUUAAGCAUAUGUUUGAAGAUUGUUUUUUAAGCUGUUCCCACCAAGAAACUUUUGCAAUUGGAUCGAGCUAUCAGUCAUAAAAGAGAGUAGUAUUCUAAAUGAAUGUUCUAAGUUCUCAGUUAACAAUGUGAAAAUUAAUUGUGUACUAUUGUAUAAUGUACCAACAGCAAAACAGAAUUACACUGGAUUCUCCAAAUGAACAGAAAAAUGCAAAAUCUGUUUAUAUGCAAAAUACUGACCUCGAUUCAAAACCUUAAGUGAAAGAAUCCAAAAAGGCUACUGUACAUUGAAUUCAUUAAAAAUACAA